AUGACGGCGUCCUCACAGGACUCCAACCCCUCGUUCAUGGCUGGCCUCUUCCUGCUCCUCCUCCUUCCAGCUGUUUUCACGCAGACCUCGGCUGUCCCGACGACCCCAGCGCUGCCUCCGUUCGACCCGCUCAGCCAACCAGAGUGCACGAAGAAAGAGCAUCCGAAGGUUUCCAUCCAAGCGCUCAGCCCGUGGAUUUCCACUUUCUCCCACCCUGGUGUGAGAGACUUCUCCCAGCUCACCCUUGACCUGACCAGGAAUGAGCUUAUUGUGGGUGCCAGGAACUACCUUUUCAGACUGGACCUCCGUAACAUGUCUCUCACACAGGUGACAGAGUGGGCACCGGAUGAGGAAACCAGGAAGUCGUGUCAGAGCAAAGGCAAAACAGAGACUGAAUGUCAGAACUACGUCAGAGUCCUGCUGGUGAACAAGACGGAAGUCAUGACCUGCGGCACGAAUGCUUUCCAGCCUCUGUGUAUUACCAGAGAGGUUGGCAACAUGAGCAAGGUGCUCGAGCGCGUAAAUGGCGUUGCACGCUGCCCGUACGAUCCUCGCCACAACUCCACGGCCGUGGUGACGGAAAGCGGAGAGUUGUACGCCGCCACCGUCAUCGACUUCUCGGGCCGUGACCCUGUCAUAUACAGGAGCCUCGGAGGCAUGCCCCCCCUGCGCACCGCCCAGUACAACUCCAAAUGGCUCAACGAGCCCCACUUCAUCUCAGCCUACGACGUCGGCCUCUUCACCUUCUUCUUCCUGAGAGAGAACGCCGUGGAGCACGACUGUGGCAAGACGGUGUACUCCCGCGUGGCCCGAGUCUGUAAGAACGACAUCGGUGGGCGCUUUCUGCUGGAAGACACGUGGACCACGUUCAUGAAGGCGAGGCUCAACUGCUCCCGCUCCGGAGAGAUCCCCUUCCACUACAACGAGCUGCAGAGCACCUUCUACCUGCCUGAGCAGGACCUCAUCUACGGCAUCUUCACCACCAAUGUCAACAGCAUCGCAGCGUCGGCGGUUUGUGCCUUCAACCUGAGCGCCAUCACCCAAGCCUUCAACGGGCCCUUCCGCUCCCAGGAAAAUCCCCGCUCCACCUGGCUCCCCACGCCCAACCCCAUCCACAACUUCCAGUGCGGAACAAUAGACGACAAGGGACCCAACGAGGGUCUGACGGAGCGCAGCCUGCAGGACGCGCAGAGACUGUACCUGAUGAACGACGUAGUCCAACCGGAGUCUGUCGAUCCGCUCGUCAUGCAGGAUGAUGUUCGCUUUUCCAACCUCGUCGUGGACAUCGUUCAGGGAAUGAACACGCUUUACCACGUCAUGUACAUCAGCACAGAAUAUGGCUCCAUCCUGAAAGCUCUGGCAACACCUAAUAAGAACCUGCAGGGUUGUUACCUGGAGGAGAUGGAGCUCUUCCCACCUGGCGUGCGAGAACCCAUCUUGAGCCUGCAGAUUCUGCACAGCGAAAGGGCGCUCUUUGUGGGGCUCAACAACAAAGUUUUAAAGAUCCCACUGGAGAGGUGUUCCACUUACAAAACUGAGAUACUGUGCUUGGAGGCGAGGGACCCCUACUGUGGCUGGGACUUCAAGCAGCGGCGAUGCACCACGCUGGAGGAGAGCUCCAACAUGAGUCAGUGGAAACAGAACAUCUCCAUUUGUCCGCUGAGGAAUCAAACCAUCAACGGUGUCUUUGGACCCUGGUCACCAUGGCAACCGUGCAACAACGAUGAUCCCCUGGACGGUGUGACCUCCUGCUUGUGUCGCUCCAGAUCUUGUGACAGCCCUGCCCCUCGAUGUGGAGGAAGAAGCUGUGAAGGCCACACGAUUGAAGUGUCGAACUGCUCCAGAAACGGAGGCUGGACACCCUGGUCGUCUUGGGGACAGUGCAGCACGACCUGCGGGACGGGCUUUGAGCUGCGCCAGCGUUCGUGCAACAACCCGUCGCCUCGACACGGUGGUCGGGUGUGCGUGGGGCCGAGCAGGGAUGAACGGUUCUGCAAUGAAGGCAUGUCUUGUCCUCAGCCGAUCUUCUGGACCCCCUGGGGCUCCUGGACGAAGUGCAGCACAGAGUGUGGAGGGGGGGUCCACUCCAGGGUCCGCAGCUGUGAAAAUGGAAACACAUGCCCAGGAUGUGCACUGGAGUAUAAGGCCUGUAACCUGGAGGCGUGUCCAGAGGUGAAGAGAAACACGCCUUGGACUCCCUGGAUGCCGGUGAAUGUAACGCAAGGAGGGGCUCGCCAGGAGCAGAGGAUGCGCUACAUGUGCCGGGCCCACCUGUCCGACCCCCACGAGCUGCAGAUCGGACGGAGGAAGGUGGAGUCUCGUUUCUGUCCGAACGAUGGGACGGUGGUCUGCGAGACAGACGGUCUGGUUGAGGAGCUCCUAAAGGCACCGGUGGUGAGGACGGCCGGAGCUAGCUGGUCUUCAUGGGAGACCUGGUCGAGCUGCUCUCAGAGCUGUGCCAAAGGCUACCGAACACGCAGACGAUCCUGUUCUGGACCGGAGGGGAAGAGUGCACCGGUGGCAUGUCGGGGCUCUCCCGUGGAGUAUCAGGACUGUAACGUGCAGGCAUGUACCGUGAAAGGCGCAUGGUCCUGCUGGUCACCCUGGUCUCAGUGCUCAGUGGGCUGCGGUGGCGGUCACUACCAGCGGACACGCUCCUGUAACAGCCCCCCACCUGCCAAUGGAGGAGACAUUUGCAUAGGUCUUCACACCGAGGAGGCCUUGUGUAACACACACCCAUGUGACGACGUUCACGCAGAAAGAAGGGAACAGACGUUGGAGACAAAACAGCUGCUUGGAGAUCUUGGUGAUCUUGGAACAGAUAUGAAAGGUGGCUGGAUGGCCUGGUCUCUGUGGUCCACCUGUGAUGACUCAGGCUUCCAAACGAGGAGUCGGGUUUGCGGCGCUCAGGGCAGCAGCCCCUGUGUGGGGAACGCCACUCAGCGCAGAGACUGCAAUGAAAUACCUGUCAUUCUCCCUGCAUCUGGUUUUGAUAAGGACCAGCAGUGUGGAGCAUUCACCUCCAUCCACCUAAUUGCUACCGGCGUUUCCUGUUUCCUCGGGGCGGGGCUGCUGUCCUUCCUAGUUUACGUGUACUGUCAACGUUUCCACAAGCCCUCGCAAGAGUCCGCCAUCAUCCAUCCCACCACCCCCAACCACCUCAACUACAAGGGCAACACCACACCAAAGAACGAGAAGUACACACCCAUGGAGUUUAAGACACUGAACAAAAACAACCUGCUUCCAGACGAAAGAUCCAACUUCUACCCGACGCCGCUCCAGCAGACAAACGUCUACACCACUACCUAUUAUCCUACGCCACUUGGCAAAUUCGACUACCAGCCCAACUCCUCCCCAUCACCGUGCAGGACCUACAACAACAGCAACAGCAGCUGAGACCGUGUCCACAAGCAUCGCC